UAAUCUGAAGGUCGUGAGUUCGAGCCUCACACGGGGCAGAUUUUUUUGCAUUUACUAGCAACAUUUGAGAUCUCAAUUUAUUUUUGACCAAUGAAUGCGAAAACAAGUUAAUACAUAGAUAAAUAUGAUAUCAAUCCGAGGCUACGGCAUGGUAGAACUGCUUUUACAACACUAAUUCCACGACUGACCACACGGUGGACGCGGUGUUCUGUUUUAGAUUAAUCUCUGCAGACUAGAGAAGCAUAUACAGUAUAAAUCAAUCAUUAGGACUAUACAUUGUGUUAUUAGAAGAAAAACAAUAUGUCAUUAGAGCUCCAAUUGCUGUGGUAUUAUUUUAAAUGAUCGCAAAAGGAAUAGCCAACAUCUAUGAACAAAGAACCCACCGUAUAAUUUUUCACUUUAGGAACGUUUUUCUGUUAGUCUAUUUUGUGUGAUGUUUCAAACCGAGAAUUUCUAAAACAGUGUAAACUGGUUUGCGCGGUGUGAGAGAGAGCGAGCGAGAGAGCGAGCGCUCAGCUGUAUCCAAAGAACAGCGUUUCACUUUCUGAAGCGCAUGGAUUUUAACUGGAAAGCCCACUGAGAGAGGGAACGUCGUGCGCUCUAUUGAACAGACCCAAUAUGUGAUAUUCUAACAGAUCGACCCAGUUGAUAAGGACUGCGAAUUUGUUUUGGGAUUGUAUUACUUAAAUAGCCUAUUCGGCUUCUUUUACAAACGGCCAUUCCACUGCUAGGAUACCUUGAUAGUAUAUCUGAUUGAAAUGGUGCGAUGUUCCAAACAAUAAUCCAACGCGUUGACUUUUGGUUGAUUUACCUGACAGUUGUACUAUGUGGAGCUUCAGGUGCAGGAGUGCACAGUUGCCAUGAGGUUAAAACGGCUUUCCAAUUGCGCCAGAUCGGUCCGUUGAAAUGGGUCCCCGAGGCACCUGGAACAGAUGGCGAGCUGCAGAUCUGCAAGCACUCAGGCCCGUCGUGUUGCACACGCAAGAUGGAGGACAGUUACCAGGCAGCAGUGCGCAGAGAGACUCUCCAGAAUAUCCGUUCCUACAGCUUUGAGCUCAAGUACCUCAUCGUGGGCCACGCCUCUGCCUUCCAGGAUGCGUUCCAGUCUCUGCUAUCCUUCACUCUGAACCUGACCACUGGUAUGUUUGACAGUGCCUAUGAGCCCCUCUCCCAGGACGCUCGCCCCCUGGUGGCAGACCUCUUCACCGAACUCUCUCUCUUCCUGGGAGGAGACGGCAACACCUCCAUGGAGCGCUCUGUGCACCGCUUCUACGACAACCUCUUCCCGCUGGUUUACCGGCGUCUGGUCAACCCUGGGCUGGCCUCGGCCCCACCCUCCUCUGAGCACAGCGAGUGUCUGCGCAUGACACGCCAGGAUGUCAACCCAUUUGGGUCUCACCCCCGUGUCCUGGCAAAGGGGCUGACCCGGGCUCUGAGCGCAGGACGGGCACUGAGCCAGGCGCUGGUGAUAGGGGCAGAGGUGCUGAACGCUACAGAGUGGGCGGGUCUGGCCAGGGAGUGUGGACGGGCACUGGUGAGGAUGCAGUACUGCCCCCACUGCAGGGGCCUGACCCUGAUCCGGCCGUGUGGAGGACUGUGUCUGAACGUGAUGCGGGGCUGCUUGGUAGGGCUCUCUGAGCUGGACGGGCCCUGGAGGCGCUACGUGGCCCUGCUGCAGGAACUGACAGGGGCCCUGGCUGGAGGCCACGACCUGGAGCUGGCACUGCAGGGCAUCAGGAACCACGUCAAUGACGCUAUCCUGCACGCACAGCUGCACGGGCCACGCAUCAGCGCUAUCGUUGAUAAAGUAUGUGGGCCUCUCACAGACACUCCGUCAGUGACAAGCAUACGUUCCACCCUGAAGGUCAUGACCUCUGUGAGUACCUCCCCGACCUCGAUGGUGAUGACGUCCUCCCCAGCUGAGGUCACACUGGGCCACUUGUCGCAUACCAGGAGGUCCUUUCCUCUGAAACCAUCCAAGAAUAAUAAGCCUAGAAGUCUGAAAAAGAUCUCUAGAGAGUUUAUGGGCUAUAUCCAACGCUACAGGUCCUUCUUCUCUGCCUUGCCAGAGAUGCUUUGUGAGAGUGAGAUGGUGGUGGAUGACUUCACCUGCUGGAGCGGGGAGGAUGUGGUGGAGAGUUAUGUGGGCCGUGUUGUGGGUAACGGCCUUCAGGCCCAGAAAAACAACCCAGAGAUCAAGGUCCGCAGCAUCGACCCCAUCCUGGUGGGAGCUAGAGACAGACUAGAACAUUUCAAACGGGAAAUGCAGGGUCAGAUGGGCUGGGCGACAGACUGGGGUGGGUGGGUGGAGACGGGCAGUGGGACGAGAGAAGAGGCCAGCGGAGAGUGUGACGAUGAGGACGGAUGUCAAGGAUCUGGAGAUGAAGACUUUACCAAUGAGAGAGUGGACGUGGCCAGCACUCAUGUUCCUUUUGGGAAGAGCCCAGCAGUCAGGGAGCCCCCAUGGCACGUCCCCACUGCCCAACCCCCACCACAGGUAGCUGUGAGAGCUGCGGGUCACACCCCAACACCCCACCCAGCUAUCACCAUCACCCUCAUCCUCCUGUCUGCCCUGGCGUUACCAUGACACCCACUCUGAAACCCCCUCCGCUAAUCACACCGACUGAGCACACAUGAGAGGUGGGGAGCAUUCACAAGAAGGAAAAGCAAGAAGAGGAGGAUGAGAAAAAGGACAAGAGGAGGAGCUCGCCAGCGAACCUGUUGCUUUCCCUCAGCUGCUCCCUGAUUGUUAGUGGGAGCCGGGCUGCAUGGCUGUGUUUGUGCGAUGUAGGAUGUGUCUAAUAAAAUCUCUCUAUCUCUCUCUCCCUUGCUGCCUUCUCCACUGCUGCCUUCUCCACUGCUUUUUCCUCACUGCCUCCUCCUCUCUGGUUCUCUGGACUGCCUGGUCUGUUGACCAUCAGACGUGGCCAGCUACACAUCCCACUGCUCUCUAGUAGGGACAACCAUGGUUCUGGUGGUUCUCCUGUGGUCCUUAGAUUUAGGAUCAGUAAAGUUCACAAACAGUGCAGAACUGAAGAAUGUAAUCAGGCCCUAAAAAGACAUCAUCUCUCCUCACCUCUCUACACGCAACGUCAACCGUCAUGUUCUCUGGGGUCUCUCCAUUUGUUACUUAGUUUGCAUUUGAUUAUGCCACCUGUUAAUAGUCACCGAGCAUACUAUACAUGUUUAUAUGGUCCCAUGUGGGACUUAGAUUGUGUAUUCAUGUGUGUGUAUUUGUUUGUGUGUGUUUAUUUACCUAUAUUUACGUCUACAUGUACAGUGUCAUGAAAAAGUAUUUGCCCUUUUCUGAUUUUCUCUAUUUUUGCAUAUUUUUGAUACUGAAUGUUAUCAGAUCUUCAACCAAAAGCUAAUGUUAGAUAAAGGGAACCUGAGUUUAGAAAUAACAAAAAAAAUUAUACUUAAUUCAUUUAUUUAAUGAACAAAGUUAUGCAACACCCAAUUCCCCUGUGUGAAAGGUAAUUGCCCCCUUAAACUCAAUAACUGGUUCUGCCACCUUUAGCUGCAAUGACUGCAACCAGAUGCUUCCUGUAGUUGUUGAUCAGUCUCUCACAUCGCUGUGGAGGAAUGUUAGCCCACUUUUGCAUGCAGAACUGCUUUAAUGCAGCGACAUUUGUGCGUUUUCAAGCAUGAACUGCUUGGUUCAAGUCCUGCCACAACAUCUCAAUAGGGAUUAGCUCUGGACUUUGACUAGGCCAUUCCAAAACUUACAAUUUGUUGCAUUUUAGCCAUUUUCAUGUAGACUUGAUUGUGUGUUUUUGGAUCAUUGUCUUACUGAAUGACCCAGCUGCACUUCAGCUUCAGCUCACAGACGGAUGGCCUGACAUUCUCCUGUAGGAUUCUCUGAUACAGAGAAGAAUUCAUGGUUCCUUCUAUUAAGGCAUGUCGUCCAAGUCCUGAGGCAGCAAAUCAUCCCCAAACUAUCACACUACCACCUCUAUGCUUGACCGUUGGUAUGAGGUUCUAACUGUGGAAUGCAGUGUUUGGUUUUUGCCAGGCAUAACAGGACCCAUGUUGUCCAAAAAGUUGACUAAAGUAAAAAGCACAUGGAAGCACCUGGAUGAAUAUCAAGACUCUUGGAAGAAUGUUCUAUGGAUAGAUGAUUUAAAAGUAUAACUUUUUGGACGCCAUCCGUCUGUGAGCUGAAGCUGAAGUGCAGCUGGGUCAUUCAGUAAGACAAUGAUCCAUGUAAUUGUUGUGUUAUUUGUUCACUCAGGUUCCUUUGAUCUAAUAUUAAGUUUUAGUUGAAGAUUUGAUAAUUCAUUAUUAAAAAUAUGCAAAAGUAGAGACAAAUACAAAGGGGGAAAAUACUUUUUCACGGCACUGUAUGUGUUUCUUUACUUAUAAUUUUCUUUCAUUUCAAAACUUGUAAUAAUGGCUUGUACAGUACUAGAACUGACCUAUUAGACAAAUGUAAAUACACAUAUUUAUGUAAAUAUACAGUUUGUACUGUAUAAGGAUAGGAUGACAAGGGGUUAAUUGGAGUUGUUGCUGUGGAAAUAUAAACUUCACCAUAUUA